AUGACCAACUAUCACGCUGUAUCCAACAGCGGCCUCCUAGGGUCGAGUCACGGUGUCGGAGGAGCCAUGGUCCAACAACGACGACUACGCUCCCCCAAGAUGGGUGGCGGCCAGGCAUCCAUGAUGAGCAGUAACAUCAAUUUGGUCAAUACUAUCAUCGGAGCUGGCACCCUCGCCAUGCCCCUCGCCAUGUCCAAGUUCGGCGUCACGCUCGGCGUCAUCCUGAUUGUCUGGUGUGGCCUCACCUCCGCCUUCGGUCUCUAUCUCCAGUCGCGCUGCACGCGCUACCUCGACCGGGGCUCUUCCUCCUUCUUCGCCCUGUCGCAAAUCACCUACCCCAACGCCGCCGUGGUAUUCGACGCCGCUAUUGCCAUCAAGUGCUUCGGCGUCGGCGUGUCAUACAUGAUCAUUAUCGGUGAUCUGAUGCCCGCCGUGGCCGCAGCGUUUGGGGCCGGGAAUACUGGCUGGGACUUUUUGGCGGACCGCAGGUUCUGGAUCACGGUCUUCUUUGUCAUCUUCCUUAUCCCGUUGAGCUUCCCCAAGAAGUUGGAUUCGCUCAAGUAUACGAGCUUGGUGGCGCUGUUUGCGAUUGGGUAUUUGAUCAUCCUGGUGGUUUACCACUUUGCUGUGGACGACAAAAGUGGAAGGGGUCCCAUCAGGCUUGUAACGUGGGAGGGACCGGUGGCUGCCUUGAGCAGUCUGCCGGUGAUGAUCUUUGCGUAUACUUGCCAUCAGAAUAUGUUCUCCAUCGUCAACGAGAUCAAGGACAACUCGCCAGGAAGUCUUGUCGGCGUCAUCGGCUCCAGCAUCGGCUCUGCUGCCUCGGUUUACGUCCUGGUCGCCAUCACCGGCUACCUGACCUUUGGUGAUGCCAUUCAAGGCAACAUUGUUGGCAUGUACCCACAAUCACUGGCCUCCACCAUUGCCAAAGCCGCCAUUGUCUUCCUCGUCACCUUCUCCGUUCCCCUCCAAGUCCACCCCUGCCGCGCCUCCAUCGACGCCGUCCUCCGCUGGCGCUCCGGCCGUUCGUCUCGUACGCAAAACGUUUACUCCCCGCCUGGAUCCGGCAAUCAGCCCCUAUUGCCUGCUGGCGGCGCCCCGAGCGCUACCCUCGACAGCCAUGGCGCCCCCGUAGUGGCCAUGUCGGAACUUCGCUUCGCCUUGAUCACCUCCGGUAUCCUGAUUCUCAGCUACUUCACAGCCAUCAACGUGUCCAGUCUGGACAGAGUCCUCGCCUACGUGGGCUCAACCGGGUCAACAGCCAUCAGCUUUAUCCUGCCGGAUUAUUUUACUACAAAAUAA